UCCAUUGCAAACAAACGAUUCGGUGUGACAGUGUUACCGACAUGUUUCUCUGUGCAAUUUCUUAAUAUUUGUUGCUAUAUACACGAUAUUUGGAACUGAAAUUUUUCGGUGAACGUCAGUAGCGCUCUAGACGAUCCAAGUUUACUUUGAGGAUGUUUAUGUAAUUACAAUAAUCCGUGUAAGAAAGUAAGUUAGGGUGAACGUGCGGGACUUGAAAAUGUUCCCACGUUCCCGCUGCGCAAGUGUGUGUUGCGCGUGCGUGUGAAAUUCUUCAGUACGAAGAUGAACGCCCAGGGGCAAGAACACGGUCAUGCUGUCGUUGUGUGGGAGUGGGAAAACCGUCACGGACGAUGGAGACCUUACAGCCCUGCGGUAUCGCAACAUCUCGAAAGAGCGCAUUGUAAAAAACUUACCCGAGUUUUUCUUAAUGAUGCAGACCCAAAUUUAGAUAGGUACUAUAUAAAUUUAAAAACAAAAACACAAUGCAGUGAAAAUGGAGAUGAAACACAUAAUGUUAGAAGGAAGUUUUAUCUUCCAAGCUCACCAGCUGGAAAGGGAGCUAAAUGGGAAUGGGCUGGUGAUACAGAUGAUUGGCAUACAUAUGAUAUGGAAGUUCAAUGUCUCAUAGAAGAAGCAUGGGCAAGAGGGGAGAAAACUAUUGAUGUUUCUAAGACAUAUUUAGGUUUUCCUUAUAUCAUCAACUUUUGUAAUUUAACUCAAGUCCGUUGUUGUACUGGAUAUGUCAGACCAAUUCGUCGUAUUCAGCAAGCACCUUAUCCUUUGGUUAAAGUUGCUUUAGAAGAGUUACAGAUUAUUUCUGGAAAAAAACCCACAUGUGUUACAGUAAAAAAUUCUACUACAAAAAUAGCACAUAAGAAAUCAUCUGCAGGAAAUGCAAAAAAGAAUAAUAAAAAGGGCAAAAAUGGUGAUACUGGUCCAUCUAACAUAGCCCGUGUUAUUUUGAGCAAUUUUAACAUAUUUAGUAAUAAACAUGGCAUAGAAAGUGGUAAUUCAGUCGCAGCUAUUGAAUCUGGGCAAAAAAGGAAAACAUGGGAUAAUGCAUUGGAUGUAGAUUCUAGUAGCACAAAAAGUGGCAGAAGGCCUAGUGUUGAUACUGUUUCUACAUACCUAAGUCAUGAAAAUCCAGUAGAUUUAUUGGAUAGCAGUGUAGGGAGUGAUGAUGCAUUUAAGGAUUCAGUUUUAGACACAGAAUCAGAUGUUAUUUCUCAAUAUGUGAAGGUAGUGGAAAGUGAUGAUUCUGAUUCCUGUCCUGUUUGUCUUGGUAUGCCUGAACCGCUAACAGUAGAAUUGACACGCUGUAGACAUAGAUUACAUUUAGCAUGUUUAAAUGCUAUGCUAAGUUGUCAGCAACCUCCUAUGUACAUACAAUGCCCAGUUUGCCGUUUAAUUUAUGGAGAGAAACGGGGAAAUCAACCCCCUGGAACUAUGAAUUGGACAAGAAUACCGCGUGCUCUUCCCGGUUUUCCAAAUACAAAUACAAUUCAAAUAACUUAUGACAUUCCAUCAGGAAUUCAAGGGAACGAACAUCCUAAUCCUGGUCAAGCCUAUUAUGCUGUAGGUUUUCCUAGAGUAUGUUACCUGCCAGACAAUAAUUUAGGUCGUAGAGUUUUAAGACUAUUGCAAAUCGCGUUUGAGCGAAGACUGAUAUUUACAAUUGGGCGAUCAGUAACCACUGGGCGGGAGGAUGUAGUAACGUGGAAUGAAAUUCAUCACAAGACUGAAUUGGGACCAUCGACAUCUGGUCACGGUUAUCCUGAUACAAGUUACCUCGAAAGAACGUUAGCUGAAUUGGCAGCUCAAGGUGUAACAGAUGGGCAACUAUCUUCUACGUUAUAUCAAGCAUUACAUUGAAUAUAUCACAUGCAAUAAUGUGCUGACAUGAAUAUAUUGUACACGCACAAUGUCUUAUUUUAAUAUUCUUUAGUUGUUUCUAAACAGAUGAUGAAAAACAAAAUUUUGAAUAUGUAAGUGCCAAAC